AUGUUGAAAAGAUUAGAUUAUGAUAAUUUUUGUCAUUCAGUGGAUAAUUGGUGUGGUAAAUUGAUAAAACCACCAUACAAUGUAAUUUCAUUAGUGAUCAAAGCUCUGUUAAGAUUGUUUUUGACUCAUUCAGCUGUUUUGAUACAUUUGGUGAUUGGUGAAUGGACUUCAAGGAAAUCUCCUGAUUUUAUAUAUUUAAAAUUUACCGAGAAAGAAUUUGAGUAUUUGUUUGAACCUAUAAGAAAAUUAGAAAUUCAAGGUGAAUUUGUUAAAGACCGUUUAUUAACGGGCUUGAAAGAACCAUGUAAAAAUAUUGAAAAAUUAUUUGUAUAUAUAAAAGAUGUUCCACCAAACUAUGAGGAGGAAUUGCACUCAUUACAACAAUUUGUCAAAGAACAACGUUGUUUAAAAUCAUUAAAAGUAGCCAAUGUCGCAUCGAAUUUUCUUUUUCCAACAAUAGCCACACAGGCCAAUACUUUACGUUGUUUAUAUUUGUGGGGAUUAAAUUUCACAAACACGGACAAUUACAUAAUACCAUGGCAUUUAUUAUUAAGGUUUAAAAAUUUAGAAAAAUUAAAAUUUCGUAAUUGUAUUGGAUUUGAUCAACACAUGAAAGAUUCAUUAAUAAAUGGUAAUGUCGAAGAAAUGGUGGUGGUUGAGAGGGAUAAGAGUGGAAAUAUAAAUGACAAUUUGAUUGUGAAUGGGAGUGGGAAUGAUAUUAAAGAAUUAAUUGAUUGGGGUGUUGGACAAGGUGCCAUUGUAUUUCUCGGACACUUUCAUAGUGCAGACGCAUUUUUUAAAGUUGAAAAAUUAAAAUUUCGUAAUUGUAUUGGAUUUGAUCAACACAUGAAAGAUUCAUUAAUCAAUGGUGACGUCAAAGAAAUGGUGGUGGUUGAGAGGGAUAAGAGUGGGAAUAUAAAUGAAAAUUUGAUUGUGAAUAGGAGUGGGAGUGAAUAUUAUAAUAAAAGUAUUAUAAAUAGGAUGGAUAUAUCCAAUAAUAAUAAAAUUUAUAAUAAUUAUUAUUGUUGCAAUGGUAGUGGAUAUAAUUAUAACAAUCAUGAUGAUGUUAAUAAUCAACAAGUUUUUAAAAAUUUAAAAAUGAUUGCAAUAGUCGGACAAUGUAAAACGUUGAAUAAUGAAUAUAUAUUUGAAGAUGAUAUUAAAGAAUUAAUUGAUUGGGGUGUUGGACAAGGUGCUGUUGUAUUUCUUGGACACUUUUAUAGUGCAGAUGCAUUUUUUAAAGUUGGUAGAACAAUAGAAAGCAAAAUCUUUACUAAUUUGGGAGUGCUCUGA